GGAAGAGAGAAAUAACUACUUGGAAGUUCAAAUAUUCAAACCGAACACUGUGACUGGUUUUAGAUACUCAAACAGAAUAGCAGAGACCGAAAAAAUGCUGGAUCCUACGAACAAUAUAACUUACAUCAACAUCACAGGAACGACUGCCCAGUUCCUUCUUGUGUCUGAUUGGAAAACGAAUGUGUCGUGUAACAACCCGGAAACGAUAACAUUUUUGCUGGACUUGACGAUGGAGUUCAAUAACGGGACUGUGAAAUGUGUGCUGAAGGACGACGAGACAGUGCACUCUUCUGUGGAGUCACGCAUAACAGUGAUUUCUGGUAACUUUUGUGACGGAUAUGAGCACCAAUCUAUCAGAAAACAUCCGAACAAUGACUGCAAUAGUUUUGUCGAUUGUUCGAAAAUCGAAGGGAAAAUGUAUGCCGUGGGAAAUCAAUGUCCUACUGGCCAAUGCAUGGACUUUACAAACAAAUAUUGUGUAACUUGUGACGGAAGUUUUACUUGCGAGGAAGUAACAACACCUGGGCCUACAACAAUAAUGACAACCCUACCCCCUGGAACACGCUAUGUGUCCUGUAAUGAUUCCACCCACUCGGAGGGGACAUCAGCCAUCGUAAAAUGUGUUGUCCUAGAUAACACAUUCGUCAGUCUAAACAUCACAUUCCUCCCAGAGUCAAGUCAAGGGAGUGAGGAAAAAAUAGCGGGAAUUCUUCCAGACGGCACGGUGCAAUCUCAGUCCCGUCCUGACAUGGACAUAUCCACCAACUUUGCUUCAUCGCCUAUGAUUUUAUCAAUGACGUUCCAUUCAGUAAAUUGCAGUGGUAAAGGACGAUAUAGUAUCACCGGCAUGGGAACAGAUUCAUCAUUUGCCCUUUCUGUUGAAACAUUUAGACUAAAUGUUAUUAGCAAUCUGACAGCAUUCAGUAUAAACACGAGUCCAAUUUACCAAGAGGGUUCACAGAUUGAAUUCAACUGUACAGCUACUCUAGAUGAGUCUCACGCAGACAUUAAAGCGUACUACAAAAGACAAUCAGAGAGCAGUUUUACCAAAAUUGAAGGAUCAACAGUUAUCACUGGAAGAAACGACCCACACUGUCUUGUGAAUGUCGUUUGGAAACCAUCAAAUCUUAUGAUAGGUGAUGGAAGUUUCAAUAAUACCGAUCUUAAAUGUUCAAUUAUGCAAUGGCCAUUUGCAAAUAAAUUUAAGUCAAUUACUGUUCGAAGCGCAGAACAGCGUGGAGAAAUUCAAAACGAGCGUCCUCUACACUCCCUAAACAUCUAAAGUACAUGGAUAAUACAGCCGAUAAUGUUAUAGACAUGUGCAACCUCUGGAGAAAAUAUUAUUCUGAUCUUGCCGCGGAGAAACACACUCCAAACAAAUUUGAUGAUUCAUUCAAAGAACAUAU